AUGUAUAAAAUUCCUCCAUCAAGAGGCAGCGUGCCCAGACGCUCAAAAAAUGAAACUGAACAAGCACCACCAAUAUCAUGGUCUGCUAAAAUGGAACAAGCCUUUGAAACUCUAUCAGAGAAUAGAACAAGUACUCGAGAAGAGAGUCUUGAAGCUAUUGUAGACGCAUUCUCUACUCAUCAUGUGUCCUCUUAUAUUGACAACAGACAUGAAGAAGUACUUGGUUUAUUAAAGCGAUCAUUAAGCAAAUACAAUAACCCCAAGGAAGCGAGUUUGGCUGCAAGAGCCAUUGCAUUGACAUUUAUCAAUUUGGACGAUAUUUCAGAAGGAGACAGUGAUAACUACUAUAAAAGAAUAGUUCCCUCUUUGAAAAAUGCAAUCAUGGACAGUGAAGAAGUAGACGUCAAGGUGGAUUGCUUGCAUACACUGGCAUUAAUUACAUAUAUUUCUGCAUCGGAUGCUGAUACAAAGAUCACAAGAGACUAUAUCUUUGAUCUUAUCGAAACUGAAGGCGCCGAGUUUAACGUAGAAACGUUAUCAACAAAUGAUAAAGAUAGCUUUAUAGCCGAAGCUAUCAAAGCAUAUGGUAUCCUCUAUGCUGCUUCCUUUUCAAAGGGUUUAGUAGACUUUGACGCACUCUGGGAAGAACUUGAAAAGGUCAUGCCAAUGUACGAAAUACUGCUUGAAUCAUCUGAUAAAGACAUUCGUAUGGCAACAGGAGAAAACAUUGCACUCAUUUUUGAGACCGCUCAUGUCUUUACGGCAACAGAUGAAGAAGAAGAAGAAUAUGAUGAGGAUGAAGUAGUAAAACCGGAAUAUGAAAACAUGAAUGAACUCGUUCGUACACUCAAGGACCUAUCUGUGGAAAGUAAUAAGCGUAAAACAAAAUCCGAUAGAGCAGAACAAAAAUCAAUGUUUAGAGAUAUCCUAAAAAGUGUUGAAGAAAAUGUCAGACCAGAGGAAGAACUCAAGAUUGGCAGCAGGAUCAUUGUGUUUAGAGGAUGGAGUAAGAUCUUGGUGCUCAAUGCUAUUCGAAGAACCCUUGGUCAAGGCCUACAACAUCAUCUCAAAACAAACUCAUUACUCAAGCAAAUCUUUAAUUACUCAACUGGUAUUUCUUCUCAACAAGAUGACGAAGAUGAAUCUGAAGAAGAAGAAGAAGUCCUAAGCAAUGUCGAUAGACGGUACUUCUAUGACGAGACAAAGAAAAUAAGAUCAAAGCAAUUGCGCUUGGCUAGACUUGGAAAAGAAAAUGCAUUGGUGUAA